AUGGAUCACCAUCAAGCAGCGGCCCAGAAACGGGCGUUCCUCUCGUCCUUACCGAGUGACGCUGAGAGUGUGCUGACGUCACUCGCAGCGAUCGACGAUGCAUGGUGGGUCGCAGCUGCGGCUAUUGCAGCCGUUCGCUCUGGCGUACAGUGGCUAGCUGUCGAUGCAGAGCGCGUGCUAAACUAUGCUACGGAGCGCACUGCCUCGUUUGACCAAGAAGUACAAGGAAUAGCGAUUGAAGCCAAGCGGCGUCGCUCAGCGACCGUGUCGACAGCGGACCUGAUCUUGGAAUGGCUCGAUGCAGAUCCACAUCGGCUGCCACGCGUUAUUUUGCGGCGCAAGCUCUGGCACAUGAGAUGGCUUUUGAGUAUUCCUCAGUCCCGAUCGAAAUCUGCGCACGUUGAAUCGGACUUAGCGGCUCUUGCCGAUAUACCCUUUCUUGAGCACGCACAGAACUUGUGCCUCGCUGGCAAUGAGCGUGGCUUGCGUGCGCUGAUAGGAACACAUGCUACGGUUGCACGCUCACUGUAUCCGCACCGCUUUGGUCUCCUGCAUAUGCUGCUGACGGCCGGUGGCGUCUCGCCAGAGCGCCUCUUGCAACUACGCCUCUUGCCGGGCACACGUCUGCCUGUUGAGGAUCGCGAGAGUGGAGCGUGGAUUGAUGCACUGGCUGCGCCAACGCCGACGAGUCUCGCGACCGCUGCGCUCUGGGUCGAGCACCCAGCCGUCAUUACGGCGCUUUCUCUUCGUGGUGCUGCGAUUCAUCCCGUCGCACCGUCAGCACCACCUGAUGCUCUGUCUGACUGGUAUAUGGGUGUGGUGCGUGAACUAGAAGGUCGCUUGGGCCUUGUUGAUGCCGCGCUGGAUCUUGCCAAAGCGGGCGAGCGUUUAGGUCUGGUGCCGUUGCGGACAGCUGCAGAAGAACUCUCUUUUCUUCACAUGCUUGUGUAUGAUUUACAUGCUGGUGAUGCCCACUCUAUCACGACUCUGCAUCGUGCGCGUGCAUCUGAGCUAGUUAGCCUCGUUACCAGUCAGCCAUUGCCACCGGACCUGGUCAUACGGCACUUGCACGACUCGGUCCUUCCUUUCCUGCAGCGCGGCACGUAUGCAGAUGCACAUGCUCUCCCUGCCUUCACGCCCAGUGAAUGGGGUGUGUACAUGAUGCUGGUGGCUUUGGAUACUCAACCGCAUGCACGUGUGCUGACUUUCAUCGAAGCAAUGAUGGCUUACCCGCAUCCGUGGCUAAGCGAUGCAGAUCGUGCUCGUCUUGUGCUGGCAGUUGUGGGGACGUCUGAGGCCGUUGAUGCUACGUCUCUCUCCAUGUAUUCGAAGCUUGUACAUGCACUGGAAGAUGGACACGCCUCACCGCUCCAUGGCGACGAAGUUGAAGCGGCCGGUCUCGGCGAUGCUCGUCCUGACAAGCCGCCGUCUUCUCUGUACCUUGUACUUGCUCGCACACUCGAUGCCAAUCCUUAUGCUUUGUCGCAGCGACUUACUGUCGUUUCGCCGUCUCUGCUGGCCGAGGGACUGCGUGACUUUCGUGUGCUUGUUGACAUGACGGUUGCACUCUCGCGAGCCGGCGCACAUUCACAUGCGCCGCGUUUCUUUUGGGCCGAUGAUGUACAAGCGCACCGAGCGCAUGAAGUGACAUCCGAGCUCGUACAGCAUGCGUUGGCACAGCGAGGGAAUGAACGACAUGCCAUCGAACGCGUUCUCUGUGCGCUUGCGCCGUGGAUUGGUGUGCAUCGCCCGCGUCUCCCAGUCACCUGUGUCCGCACAUUCUUCCGCCAGCUCUUGCUCGCACGCGAACCCGUUGUGUUCAACGAGGUAGUGCAGGCACUGCCGGUCAUAUGCCCGUCCCUUGCAUGCCAUAUGACUGCGACGCAGGCAGAAGACCUUGUGUUAGAGACAGCUCGGGCCUGGAUGGACCAGACACCUACGUGUGAUCCGCUGCAUGGCUUGUUGCAACGUGCGCGCGAAGCACUUGAGGCCAUGCCUCACACAACCCGCAUCCGCAAUGAAUUGGCAUUCCUCAACUUGCUUGCACGCCUGCACGAGUACGCCUGGCCAUCAUCUGCUGAGCCGCUCACGCCUCGGCGGGUCCGAGCGGUGCCACAGAAGCUCGAGCUCUUUGCCCGUGUGCUGGCGUACAACAGGGACGCGUACCAAACACGGCAGAUUCGGUCCCUGGGCGAAGCGUGCAGUGAAGGCAGUGGAUCGACAGACAAUGCCGUACGUAUUUCGGCCAUGCUCGUCGAUGCUGCAGCGGCCAAUGGCGAUUUGGUCGCUGCUUGCCGUGAGUGUGAGCGACUUGUAACACUUGUGCAGGCCAUCGAUCGCGCGACGAAUGUCGAGGCAUAUGAUGCUGCGUGGCGCACUUGCUUCCAACUAGCAAAGAAUCCGUUGUGGACUGACGAGCAAACGCGUGCUCAAGUGCUUGCACAUGCGCUCACCUUGGCACCUCCUGAUCACAUGCCGAGUAUUCUAGCCGCGAUGGCGGAUCUACCGGCGCAUGCAGGCGUUCCAAGUGUAACGCGUCGGGAGAAUCGCGCCGGUAGCGCGUGGGCGCGUUUACUGACGCGACCGACGCAUGAUGUCUCGUCGCGCACUAGCACAACAGCUCAGCUACUUGACUCGGUCACUUCGCAACAUGCGCCCCAAGCUGCCCGAAUGGCGCGCUCAUUCCUUGAUAAUCUGAGUGCUCGCUGGCUUGUUGAAUGA